CCCCCCUGCCAGGCGCAGCCCCCGGCGCCAUGUGGUCCGUGCUCUGGGCGGCCGUGCGCUCCAAGGCCCCGUACGUCACCUUCCCGGUGGCUUUCGUGGUGGGGCUGGUGGGCUACCACCUGGAGUGGUUCCUCCGCGGCCACCCCCCGCCCGCGGCCGAGGAGGAGAAGAGCAUCUCGGAGCAGCGGGAGGAGCGCAAGCUGCAGGAGAUCGCGGGCAAGGACCUGACCAAGGUGGUGAGCCUGAAGGACAAGCUCGAGUUCGCCCCUCGGGCCGUGCUGAACAGGAACCGCCCGGAAAAGAGCUAAUGAAGUUGUUCGGGCUAACGUGGAGCCCUGGAGCUACUGGUCCCAGCACGGGCUGGGCACUCCCCUGGCACCUGCACAUCGCCCACCAGCCUCCCGCCUGCACCGGGCUGUCCCUGGGCACAAAGUUGUGCCCACUGCUGCUCUGCACCCCCCUGGGGCCCACCCAGAGCUGCUCCUUUGUGGGGUGCAGGCGGGGAGCCAUGCGAUGGGAGGUGGAGUGUGUCUGAAACUCUGCAGCUCUCGGCCUGUCCCGGCCCCUGAACCACGAAACCCUCUUGGCCUGGUCCCACCCGCGUCUCGUUAGGUUGGGUUUUUUCCAUGGCAUAAAGAUAGAAGAAACUUGGACCUGAGUGACGCGGGGUCAGGGUCAGGCCGUGUGCCUGCGGCGGGAGGAUCUGCUGGCCCGCUCUCCCGUGGCUCUUUGCGAACCCCGACCAUGCGACGUCGCACCCAUGGGAGUCCGAGCGGUGGCGGCGAUCUCUGGGGAGCCCCUCUCUGUGUCAUCCCCAGGCUUUGCUGCGAGGAAUGGGGACGGGGGGGAGGUGGAAGUCCUGGCCCUGCUUCUGUCCUGCAGCUCCGAGCGUGGCGGUGGCUUUGGGCUGGCGUGUAGAGAGCGGGGAGGUCUCUGCCCUGUGUGGGAGCAGCCGGAAUAAACUUCUGUCAGUCCUCGGG